UCCGCAGUCUGUUGUUUCGGUCUCGACGAGAGACACGUCCAAGCUCUGAUUUAAAGGCUGCGAGUCCCGCCGCUGAGGGGCGCGAUCCGCACUACUCCACGAUAGAACGCGCCCGGUGCGCGCGCUUUGCUGAACCCGAUCUACGAUAAGCACCUGCGUUGCCAUGGCCUACCAGCACCAGUACGACAGCCGCGCGCAGCCGCGACAGCAGCAACCGCAAUCUUACGACCGGGGAUAUGCGCCGCAGGGACAGCCGCAGGGACAGCCGCAAUAUGCCGGCUACGACAAUCAGUACGACCAGCAACACUACGACUAUGGCUACGAUCAGCACGGAUACGACCCGCACGGAUACGAGCAGCACGGACACGAGCAGCACGGCUGGGACGACGGCUACUACAACGACCCGCAGGCCGGCUACGGUAAUGUACAGCAGCAGCAGCAACGGUACAACGACGGCGGCGCAUACGGGAGGCCGCAGCAGCAGCAGCAGCCACAGCCACAGGGACGCCGUCCACCACCACAGCAGGCGCAAUAUGCGCCGGACGCCGGUCGCGGCGCGCAGCAGUCCCGUCGACCACGGCAAGAGCAGGGGCAGGACCCGCGGCGGCCAACGGGUCGCGGCAAUGCGCCUCCGCCAGCUCCGCUGCAGGGUCGCGGAGCACUGAGGCCACCAGGCUUGGAUCGCUCGCUCCUACAGCAGAAGUCUCCCAAAGCCAUUCCACAGGAUAACCCAUUCCCCACCUUUCCCGUGCAACACCCAGGGCAGGCGCCCAAGAAAGACAGCCUGGACCAGGCCAUGUCCAAUAUGGACAUCAGUGGUGGCCGGCCGGCUGAGAGGCAGCGGCGACCCUCGGCGCGAGGCAUGCACCCAGAUGGCCGCGGUCCGGGAAGAAGUGCGCCGAAUGUCAGAGCAGACUCGGGCCAGUUCGAAGGGAAUGCGCAAGGACAGCGUCGGCCACCGCCUAACAACAUGCCUCCUGGACAGCGACCGCCGCCCAUAGAAAUGGGGGGUGGGAGAGGUCCACCUCAGCGGCAACAAGAUCCAAUGUCACCUUCGCAGCAGAUGUUCGGGCCUGGCACGCAGCGGGCAGCGACCAUGCCCCAUCGCACAGACAUGAACCAGCAGCAGUGGGCUGACCCCGGUGCCCUUGACAGCUACCACGGCCCUGAAUCACCAUCGUACAUCCCCCCUGGGCCACAGCCUGGUGGCAACAGGCACAACGGACCUCCUCGACUACCACAACAGCAGCCGCCGAUGCCGCGGGUGCAGACUACUCAGCAGCCGCAGCGUGUCACACCGAAUCAGCUAUUGCCGUCACCAGACGAUCACAACCCUACCCUUGGCAAUUUCUAUGACGACUACUAUCAACAGGGCAACGGCCGGACAAGCAUAGCUGAAACAAUAGAUAUGCCGGACUUCGAUGCAAUACCAGAGACAAGUCGUGGACACCGGCGAGGUGACUCGAUAGACAACCACCUAGCGCCAAACAACUUGGGUGGCCAGCGACAGGCAGUCCGCCCAGUGAAUGGUGUUCCCCAGCCGAGUAACUUCCAGCAACAUUCACUGCGCAGUAGAUCGCAACCUGACCUGAAUGCGCAAUACAAUGGCGCAUACGAGAUGGCUGCAGACGCGCCUCCUAUGCCACUGCCCGUGAGGGCGAAUACUGGCUUUGCAGAGCCUACCGGACUGCCGAAUGGACCCCGAGGACGAGGGCCGCCUCCACGCAGCAUGACCACUGACCCCGGCAUGCAACGAGGACCGCCUGGCCUGGGCUAUGGUGGAGGGCAACAACCGAACUUCGAUCCGCGAUACGGGAGGAAUCCACCGCCUGUUCAACGAGGUUACUCAGACGACUCCGCCUAUUCAGAGCCACCACCGAAUACGAUGAGGAACGUCUCCUCACCGAUGCCAGGACCGCCUAUGGUGCGACCUGGGACAGCUGCACCUGCACCUGGGCGUACACCGAGCGACCCUCUUGGCCGACGGCCAGGAACAACCCAGCCACAGACGAAUCCAGAUGCUCUGCCUGCACACCCAGUCCCUGUCAGGGCUGGGCUCGUACAGCAGCAGCAGCCGCAGCGUCAGCCAACCAAUGCGCAGAGACCGCCUCCCGUUCGACAGUACAACAGCGACCAGUCGCGCAUCAGCCUCGAAAGUCAGCACUCUAUUGCACAGCAAUCUGCGGGUCAACGACGUAGCUCGGUACCGCAUCCUGUCACAUUUGACGAACUCAACCGCCUCCGCAGAACUUGGAAAGACAAACCCACAGAUGAUGCUACAGGUCUGUUACUCGCGAAAAAGCUGGUGGAGGCUGCAAGCGUGCUAGCAGACGAGAAUGGCACCGCAGACAAGCGUACACGCGACAAGAACAAGGAGAAGUUCGUGCUCGAGGCCCACAAGAUCGUCAAGAAGCUUGCUCAACAUCAGUACGGCGAUGCUAUGUUCUACCUUGCGGACUGCUACGGCCAGGGGCAACUUGGGCUGCAGGUCGACACCAAAGAAGCCUUCACGCUGUACCAGGGCGCUGCAAAAGCAGGCCACGCUGCAAGCGCGUACCGCACAGCCGUCUGCUGCGAAAUGGGCCACGAAGAAGGCGGCGGCACAAAGCGCGACCCGCUGAAAGCCGUGCAAUGGUACCGGCGCUCCGCGGCCCUGGGCGACACCCCCGCGCUCUACAAAAUGGGCAUGAUCCUGCUCAAGGGCCUGCUCGGGCAGCCCAAAAACCAAGGCGAAGCCAUCAACAUGCUCCAGCGCGCCGCCAACCAAGCCGACCGCGACAACCCGCACGCCCUCCACGAACUCGCCCUCAUCUACGAACAGCCCGCGUCCGGCAACGAGCGCCUGAUCCCCGACGAAGCCUACGCGCUGCAGCUCUUCAUGCAGGCCGCCGACCUCGGCUACAAAUUCUCCCAGUUCCGCCUCGGCCAGGCGUUCGAGUACGGGCUGCUCGGCUGCCCCGUCGACCCGCGCAAGAGCAUCGCCUGGUACACCAAGGCCGCCGCGCAGGAGGAGCACCAGUCCGAGCUCGCCCUGUCGGGUUGGUACCUCACGGGUAUCGACGCCGUGCUGCAGCAGUCCGACACAGAGGCGUAUCUGUGGGCGCGCAAGGCCGCGUGCGCCGAGCCGCCGCUGCCCAAGGCGCUGUUCGCCAUGGGCUACUUCACCGAGGUUGGCAUCGGGUGUCCGAAGAGUUUGGAGGAGGCGAAGCGCUGGUACGGGCGCGCUGCUGGUGAGUCCCAAUUAACUAUCCCACUCUUGUGUGUAGUACCUGCUAACCCGUGUCCCCAGCAUACAAGUUCCCCAAAGCGCAGGAGCGCCUCGAGGAACUCAAGCGCGGCGGGUCAAAGGCCCAGAUGAAGCGCGAAAGGCACAGUCGCAGUAACCAGAAGCAGCAGGAGGAGAACUGUAGUGUGAUGUGAGCGGAAGCGAACUGCAGGGCGGAAGCGAACUGCAGGGCGGAAGCGAACUGCAGGGCGGAACGGAGCUGCAGGGUGAUGUAAGCGAGAAGAAGAGAGGGAGAGAGGGAGCGCAGGAGGGAGCGGUAUACCCGGUGUACAUGGGCCAUACACGGCGCAGGAUGGUCUUGGGCUUGGGCUCGGUGCUGUAAUAACACGGACGCGUGCUGUAGUAAUCCAGACGUAUGCUCUGGGGGUUGGAUACCCGCGUCAAUGGAAACACGUACUUACUAGCUACACACCGUAGACAUCAAACCUGGG